AUGGAAGAUUUCUCUCGAAUCUUCGUUUUGCGGACGACAUCGUUCUCUUUCGACAUCGAAAGCAGCACCAAUGAAGCGAUGGUCAUCGAACUGAACGAACCAGGGAAAAGAAUAGGGCUGCGAAUAAACAGAAAGAAGACACAGUUAAUGAAAAACACCUACUGCGAGGACGGAGGAGUACAACUUGAAAGCUCCCAAAACGUGAAAACUUCGUCAUACGUAUACCUCGGACGUUCUAUGAACACAGAAAACGACUUGAAGAAAGAACUGAAUAGAAGAAUGAGAGCAGCAUGGGCAGCAUUCACACCCGUCAGGGAAGCUACGGACCAACUGACGGACCAAGAUCUUCGACUCGACAGUUCUUCCAGCGCUCUGUUACGCAGUUGA